UCUGGAUAGCACGACUGGCGGAACACGACAUUAUGCAGCGUAAAAGCCAGCUAAUGUCGGUUUUGAAUAGGAAGUGAGUGGUGGUGCCCGCUGAAAGGAAUAGCUAGCUGACGAUACCAUUCCCAGAGGCAUUGGCCAGUGUUGACGUAGCAGAGUACAUCUCUGUUCAGGAAUGAUGCGAUUUGGAGGAGUCCUAAAGCUGGUUUUGGUGGUUUCCAUCUUUUUCUUUACUGUGUUCCUUGUCUUCCAACUCCUGGAAAUAAAUAUAGAUUUUAACCUUGGGAAUAUAUUUGUAAAGAAUCCAAACUUUGGGGAUGGCUUUGGUUCAGCUACCAGACCCUCACGGUACAAGUGUGGCCUGUCCAAGCCCUGUCCCGAUGGGCACUUCGCCUUUAAGAUGACCAGUGGGGCAGCCAGUGUGGUGGGGCCCAAAAUGUGCCUGGAUGACAACAUAUUGAUGAGCGGAGUGAAGAACAACGUGGGAAGAGGAAUCAACAUCGCCCUGAUCAACGGAAAAACUGGGGAGCUCCUAAAGACAGAUUUCUUUGACAUGUGGGCAGGAGACGUCAAUACUCUGAUAAAGUUUCUGAAGACCAUCGAGGAGGGGACUGUUGUGAUGAUGGCUACGUUUGAUGACUCAGCCAGCAAGCUCAAUCCUGAGGCGAAGAAGAUGAUUUCUGACCUGGGCAGCUCCAGCAUCAGCACUCUGGGCUUCAGAGAUAACUGGAUCUUUGUGGGUGGAAAAGGGAUCAAAGCAAAGAGUCCUUUCGAGCAGCACAUAAAGAACAAUGCUGAGACCAAUAAAUAUGAGGGCUGGCCAGAGGUGCUGGAAAUGGAGGGUUGCAUCCCCGCGAGACGGGAGUGACCUGGUGUCCCUACGGCCAACCUCCCAACCGCCCUGCUGCCCCAACCCCUGAACACGGAUUUCUGUUCAUCUCAACACUGGGAGAUGAUCAAUGUCCUCCCUGUCAGAUUCCCAGGAAGGGCCAAUCGCUGUUUUCCACACUUUACUCUUCUGGAACGAAGUCGGCGGCAGCGUGCUUUUGGACCCUUCGUAGUUUUCUCGUACAGAAGGUUGAAGGAAAGUUAUUUUUACAGACGGAAGAAAUGGAACACUGUGAAACUGUUGUCAACAUGUCUUUUAAAUUUGUAAAUGUGACCAAAAAUAAUUGUUAACUUAACUGAAGAGUCUUAUAUAAUCGUAGUUUUAGAGAAUAUAGGUUUUUUUGUUUUUCUUUUGUCACGGAUAUUUGUAUUACAAUUGCUCAGUCUAUGAGACCUACAGUCUUGAGGUUGUAAUCUAGAGGUUUUAAAUAUGUUAGGGAUAAUUUUUACUUUUAACAUUGCUCUGUCUUUAUCUGUGUGUGAGAGUAACUGAUAUGGUCAUGGAUUCACAGGUAUUAGUGUGGUCUACCUGUUCAAUGGAAGAGCAGCAGAGAAUAUUGGGAAAUUGGACCUGGUCUGUUUACUGAAAGUUCAGAAGUUUUUAUGCGGUAGCAACAACAUGUAAGGAGUACAUUUCAACAAUCUUAACAAUGGCAACACGACUUUAAGCUUAACAAAAUGUUUUAAGAUGGUGCCACUCGUUUUCUAUAUUGGGUUGGGAGCCAUGGAAUGCAGGGUUCAUUCUCCUCUCCUCUCCUCUCUGGGAGAGACUCAGAUUUAGCGGAAUAGUUCAGAUUUUUGUAAAAAAUCAUAAUUGUUUUAAAUACUUUAAACCCUUAGGCCGCAGUAAAAUCCUGCAGGUCACCGACCUUUUAUAUAGGAAACUAAAAUGUUUUUCAGCUGGACUUUUCAUACAAUUUUGUGAUUUGAUCAUACCUGUUUAAUGUAGAACACGUAAUGGUGGGUCCAUUAUGCCUGUCCUUGGCCAUUCAGCCCACUGCUCAUGCCAACCGUCUUUUGUCAUUUGUUAAGGUAAAGCGCUGUUUACGGUAAAGGGAUGUUGCACAUUCAGGUAUGGGCCUCUGCUCAAACGAUUCUUUUGAAAUGAAAAUUGACAUUCAGCCUCCAUAUGAACUUUCAUGGCAUUUAUUACGGAUAAUGUGCUUGCAUAAUGUUGCUAAGCGACAGGUAAAAAGCGCUUGUGCAGUUAGUUCACUGAAUGUCAUAUUUUCAUUUCUUUUUAUUUGGUGAGUCGUGGCCUUUCCUGCCGUCCAGAUCCCGUGGCAUUACAGCUCGUGUCUUUGGGAUGGCAUGUCCGAUGGAAGCACAGUUUCAGGACUGCACGUUCUGAACCCCAUUAGCAGGGUGUGGUUGAGUAUUCCCUGCACUUUUUUCUUACACUCCAGAAUGUAAUUACCCGAUUUCAGCAAAUGACACACAUCCGUGUUUGUUCUAACCAUGUCUGUAAGGAAGUGGAUUGAUGGAGCUGAGAAUCACUUUACUCAUGACCGAUCCUGUUCUGCACUAUUUAGUUUUCACUUGCCAAAAGGGAAAUUUAAUGUGGAUUCAGCCAGGGCAAUGCGAGAAACCGCUCAAGCUUGCACUAGAGUUGACUGAGCCCGUUCGUGUCCCAAAACACAUUUCUACAUGGAACAUCUGCACAGGCUGCCUGUCCCCACCUUUUAACAAAGCCACUUUGCCAACACUUCUCUGAGCGUGUUGCUGUAGCAACCAGCUUGUCCGAGCUUCACGUGUUGCGAGAAGGAUGUUUGCUAGUGUUCUACCUCAGCAUGGGAAAAGAGAACUAUGGCACGAAUUGCUGUACUUGGGUUGGCGUCAUGUUUAAGUAGUGUUUGCAUGUGUACAGUUCUUGUUCUGUCAAUUGUAAGGCUGCCAGACACCUUUUACCCAAUUUGCUGUUCUUAAAAGCCUUAUCGUCAACUCAGACUAGUGAAAACGCCACGUUGCCUUCGGAGGUCUCUGUGUUUGGACAUGUUUCAGGCUAAACUGUACAUUGUAAACCAGAGUGGUUCUCCACCAAUUUUAGAUUUUUGUAUUUGGGCCGUGAACAAACCUAAAUAUUUCCACCUAACAAUACUGUUGUGAUUUGUUGUGUAAUGUAACCGGAAAAUGUGUCAUCUCCAGAGUCUGUUUGAAAGGGAUUUUUUAACUCCCAUAAUCACCUGCUGUGUUUUGUAACGUGACAGACAGGUCAUGCCUCUAUGCAUUGUGGGCCGUGUUUCGAGCACCAUUGUUUUUCGAGUUUGAAGAAUGUCAGGUUUAUCGCCGUGGAAUUACUGUAUGCUGGCCAUCGGUUUGCCUGCCAAACUGGAGAAGUAUGGUAUUUGCUGGAUAUGAAGUGUUUUUGGUAUUUAUACAUGUUUUUUGUGAAUAGGGGGUAUUGGUAAAACUGGCCUUGAAACUUAAAUUGAGCUCCUUGUUUUUUUGUUUUUUUUUGGUGUUCUGUGGGUGAUGAUGGUUUUCAAAUGUCUAUGAUUUGUGUACGUUUGUGUGCGGAUGUUCCUGUACUUGGUUGUGUGUUGGAUGGGUAUCUUGUUCAGUUUAAAUUAAUGCCCUUCUCAAGACAAACAGAAAUAAAUUCCAUUUCUGUGUAGGAAAAAGACAGCUGUGCGAAAUUCAGUUUUAAAUUGAGAGGAAGGUAUAGAGGAAUGCGUUGACCUUAAAUGCUGUUAAGGUGUUGAAUUAAACAAACCUUUAAUGAAGUGUUGGAAUUCUGUGCUACAUAUCUAGGCUACAUGAUACUGGGCUAACAAUGAAAGUAUAUAUAUUUCUUUCCUCUUGUUCUGGUCAUCCAUUUUAUUGUGGACUUUUCACAUUUGUCUGUUGCACUGUUGCUAUGUUGUAAACCAUUAACAAGCUUUACAAUGGCAAUGAAGAGCUCCUAUCUUUUCUGAAAUAAAGAAAGUUCUAAUCCA